AUGGCGUGUGGAGGGCCAGCUGGUGGGCGGCAGCGGGUGAGCAUGCAGGAACACAUGGCCAUUGACGUGAGCCCUGGCCCCAUACAGCCCAUCCGCCUCAUUUCUGACUACUUCCCACACUUCUACCCCUUCCUGGAGCCGGUGCUGCGUGCACCAGGCUCGCAGGCUAUGCUGGCCCCAGCCAUCCACUCUGCAUCCCAGCUGCAAUCCAACCCAGAGCCAGAAGGAGACUCGGAUGACAGCACUGCUCUGGGUACCCUGGAGUUCACACUUCUCUUUGAUGCGGACAACAGCACCCUGCACUGCACAGCUCAUCGUGCCAAGGGCCUCAAGCCACCAGCCUCAGGCUCUGUGGACACCUAUGUCAAAGCCAACUUGCUGCCGGGGGCCAUCAAGGCCAGCCAGCUUCGGACACGCACUGUUCGAGGCACCAGGGGACCUGUCUGGGAGGAGACACUCACCUAUCAUGGCUUUACUUACCAGGAUGCUGGACGGAAGACCUUGAGGUUAUGUGUGUGUGAAGACUCACGACUGCGGCGACGAAGCGCACCCCCCUUAGGGGAGCUACGAGUGCCCCUGAGGAAGCUAGUGCCAAACCAAGCCAGGAGCUUUGACAUUUGUCUGGAGAAGCGGAGGCUGACCAAGAGGCCCAAGAGUCUGGACACAGCCCGUGGGAUGUCUCUGUAUGAAGAGGAGGAGAUGGAGGCAGAAGUGUCUGGGGAGGAACGUGGGUGCAUCCUCCUGUCCCUAUGCUACAGCUCCCAGCGUGGUGGCCUGCUGGUGGGCGUGCUGCGCUGUGCCCACCUGGCCCCCAUGGAUGCCAAUGGCUACUCGGACCCCUUUGUCCGCCUUUUCCUGCAUCCAGGUUCUGGGAAGAGAUCCAAAUACAAGACCAGUGUUCGGAGAAAGACCCUGAACCCUGAGUUCAAUGAGGAAUUCUUUUACGCAGGUCAUCGGGAGGAGUUGGCCCAGAAGGCACUGCUGGUGUCAGUGUGGGACUACGACCUGGGCACAGCUGAUGACUUCAUUGGUGGGGUACAGCUGAGUAGCAGAGCCAGUGGGGAACGCCUUCGCCACUGGCGUGAGUGCCUGAGCCGCAGUGACCGCCGGCUGGAAAUGUGGCACCUGCUGGACAGUGUGCCCCCGCAACUUGGCGACUAGCCAGCACAGAACCCUGCUUGCAGCCUG